AUGCCUCCGCUCGCCAUCGUGUCCACCCCAGGGCCGCUCCCAUGCCUGACCCGCCGUCGCACCUCCCCACGUGGCGCGGAUGACACCCGUGCCCUGAUCUACCAUCCAUGGCGAGACGUGAAGGAAGUUCGUGGAAUUGGACUGUCACUGUCAAAGCUUGAGCGUGCAGACUUGGGUCGGAAGGUUGCUUUGAGACUCAAGCAAAAUGGUUACUCUGGUUGCUCAGCUGGUGACACAGUCCCUUAUAUAAUUUGCUCUCAGCAGGACUCAGAUAAUACACAUUCUGUGGGAAUAGCUCAGAGAGCUAGACAUCCCGAGGAGUUAAAAAGAGACCCUGACAAGUGGAUGAUUGACAUUGACUAUUGUUUGUCACAACAGGGUACUAGUCCAGCUCGUCUGGCUGAAUGUCUGGGACUUGAUUCGGCUAAGUUCCAAUCAAGAGUGACUGAGUCUAGCAAUCAAGAUACAUCUACGAUGCUGUUAUCUGUAAUCAAUGAUGAAGAUGAGAGAUAUCGUGGUUGUGAGCCACUGCGUUUAUCAUGCCCAAGCUGUUCUGGUACCUUCGACUGCCCUCCUGUAUCUAGUCUGAUUACUAGUUCUACAAGUGUAUCAGAUCCAAAUGAUGUAUUGUGCAAGACCUUGUUGGAUGAUGUACCGUGCAAGACAAGAUUGUAUGUUAUAUAUGUAUUGAUCUCCAUGUGA